AGGUGUCUUCUGGCCGGCUCUUUUCCUGCUUCUGCUAUCUUGCUGGCGCACGCUGCUGGCGCAAGUAGCCCUGCGCCUGGCGACUGGGCCUGAGAAGGGAGGAGUUACUCAUCCCCUCAAGCUUUCAGGCCCCGGGGAGAAUCUUUCAGAACCGAGUAAAUUCUGAAGAAUUUGGAAGGAAGUGAGUUUGGCUGGCUGAACUUGUGUGUGUGUGUGUGUGUGUGUUGGGGGACUGGUGGGAAGGGCAGUAGUGGGGAAAGAUCUGGAGUUAGACGUGGUCAUACCUGAAAAGUAGGGAGGACCUUGCUAAGGAUUUGGACUUUAUUCUUAAGACAGCGGGGAGCCAUGGGAGGGCUUUUAGCAGGAAAGCAAGGUGAUAGGGUUUGUGUCUUUGAAAAGUUACUUUGGCAGCAGUUAUAGGGGGCAGUCUGAAGGUGGGGAAGUCAGUGAAGAGGCUCCUAAACCAAGGCAGCAUGUUAGUGGCCAAAGGAAAGACAGACAGGGGCAUUGGUGAAAGGAGAAGCAGACAAACUAGAAAUAUCUAGAAGUCAUGCCAGUGAGACUGGAGUCGGAUUGUUUGGGUUCACCUCUCAGCUUCUUCACUUACUCACUGCCUAUAAGACCCUGGGCAGACUACUUACCCUCUGCGUUUCCAUUUCUUUAUCAGUAAAAUGGAAGCGAUAAUAGUAUCUGUGUAUCUCAACAGCGUAGAAUGAAAUGAUUUAAUAUACAUAAAAGAAUUAGAACAGCACCUUUUGUUGCUGCUUCUACAAUGAUCAUUAGUAGUAGUAAUGCUGACUGGAUGUGGGAGCUGAGGGAGAGGAGAAGUUGAGCUGACACCCAGUUCUUGGGCUUUGACAUCAGGGUGUACCGUCAGCAAGAGUCUGGCACGUGGUAAGAGCUUAUUAAGAACAUGCAGGCUGGGCGCAGUGGCUCACGCCUGUAAUCCCAGCCCUUUGAGAGGCUGAGGCAGGUGGAUCGACUGAGCUCAGGAGUUCAAGACCAGCCUGGCAAACAUGGCAAAACCCCGUCUCUACUAAAAAUUCAAAAAAUUAGCCAGGUCUGGUGGUGGGUGCCUGUAAUCCCAGCUACUUGAGAGGCUGAGGCACGAAAAUUGCUUGAACCUGGGAGGCAGAGGUUGCAGUGAGUUGAGAUUGCACCACUGUACUCCAGUCUGGGCAACAGAGCAAGACUCCAUCUCAGAAAAAAAAAAAAAGACAUGAAAGAACGAAUGAACAGCACAAGGCGCCUAGAUGCCAACCUCAUCUCCCUGGUCCCGGAGAGGAGCUUUGAGGGGCUGUCCUCCCUCCGCCACCUCUGGCUGGACGACAAUGCACUCACGGAGAUCCCUGUCAGGGCCCUCAACAACCUCCCUGCCCUGCAGGCCAUGACCCUGGCCCUCAACCGCAUCAGCCACAUCCCCGACUACGCAUUCCAGAAUCUCACCAGCCUUGUGGUGCUGCAUUUGCAUAACAACCGCAUCCAGCAUCUGGGGACCCACAGCUUCGAGGGGCUGCACAAUCUGGAGACACUAGACCUGAAUUAUAACGAGCUGCAGGAGUUCCCCGUGGCCAUCCGGACCCUGGGCAGACUGCAGGAACUGGGGUUCCAUAACAACAACAUCAAGGCCAUCCCAGAAAAGGCCUUUAUGGGGAACCCUCUGCUACAGACGAUACACUUUUAUGAUAACCCAAUCCAGUUUGUGGGAAGAUCGGCAUUCCAGUACCUGCCUAAACUCCACACACUAUCUCUGAAUGGUGCCACGGACAUCCAGGAGUUUCCAGAUCUCAAAGGCACCACCAGCCUGGAGAUCCUGACCCUGACCCGCGCAGGCAUCCGGCUGCUCCCAUCGGGGAUGUGCCAACAGCUGCCCAGGCUCCGAGUCCUGGAACUGUCUCACAAUCAAAUUGAGGAGCUGCCCAGCCUGCACAGGUGUCAGAAAUUGGAGGAAAUCGGCCUCCAACACAACCGCAUCUGGGAAAUUGGAGCUGACACCUUCAGCCAGCUGAGCUCCCUGCAAGCCCUGGAUCUUAGCUGGAACGCCAUCCGGUCCAUCCACCCCGAGGCCUUCUCCACCCUGCGCUCUCUGGUCAAGCUGGACCUGACAGACAACCAGCUGACCACACUCCCCCUGGCUGGACUUGGGGGCUUGAUGCAUCUGAAGCUCAAAGGGAACCUUGCUCUCUCCCAGGCCUUCUCCAAGGACAGUUUCCCAAAACUGAGGAUCCUGGAGGUGCCUUAUGCCUACCAGUGCUGUCCCUAUGGGAUGUGUGCCAGCUUCUUCAAGGCCUCUGGGCAGUGGGAGGCUGAAGACCUUCACCUUGAUGAUGAGGAGUCUUCAAAAAGGCCCCUGGGCCUCCUUGCCAGACAAGCAGAGAACCACUAUGACCUGGACCUGGAUGAGCUCCAGCUGGAGAUGGAGGACUCAAAGCCACACCCCAGUGUCCAGUGUAGCCCUACUCCAGGCCCCUUCAAGCCCUGUGAGUACCUCUUUGAAAGCUGGGGCAUCCGCCUGGCCGUGUGGGCCAUCGUGUUGCUCUCCGUGCUCUGCAAUGGACUGGUGCUGCUGACCGUGUUCGCUGGCGGGCCUGUCCACCUGCCCCCGGUCAAGUUUGUGGUAGGUGCGAUUGCAGGCGCCAACAUCUUGACUGGCAUUUCCUGUGGCCUUCUAGCCUCAGUCGAUGCCCUGACCUUUGGUCAGUUCUCUGAGUACGGAGCCCGCUGGGAGAUGGGGCUAGGCUGCCGGGCCACUGGCUUCCUGGCAGUACUUGGGUCGGAGGCGUCGGUGCUGCUGCUCACUCUGGCCGCAGUGCAGUGCAGCGUCUCCAUCUCCUGUGUCCGGGCCUAUGGGAAGUCCCCCUCCCCAGGCAGCAUUCGAGCAGGGGUCCUAGGCUGCCUGGCGCUGGCAGGGCUGGCCGCCGCGCUGCCCCUGGCCUCAGUGGGAGAAUACGGGGCCUCCCCACUCUGCCUGCCCUACGCGCCACCUGAGGGUCAGCCAGCAGCCCUGGGCUUCGCCGUGGCCCUGGUGAUGAUGAACUCCUUCUGUUUCCUGGUCGUGGCCGGUGCCUACAUCAAACUGUACUGUGACCUGCCGCGGGGCGACUUUGAGGCCAUGUGGGACUGCGCCAUGGUGAGGCACGUGGCCUGGCUCAUCUUCGCAGACGGGCUCCUCUACUGUCCCGUGGCCUUCCUCAGCUUCGCCUCCAUGCUGGGCCUCUUCCCUGUCAUGCCCGAGGCCGUCAAGUCUGUCCUGCUGGUGGUGCUGCCCCUGCCUGCCUGCCUCAACCCACUGCUGUACCUGCUCUUCAACCCCCACUUCCGGGAUGACCUUCGGCGGCUUCGGCCCCGCGCAGGGGACUCAGGGCCCCUAGCCUAUGCUGCGGCCGGGGAGCUGGAGAAGAGCUCCUGCGAUUCUACCCAGGCCCUGGUAGCCUUCUCUGAUGUGGAUCUCAUUCUGGAAGCUUCUGAAGCUGGGCGGCCCCCUGGGCUGGAGACCUAUGGCUUCCCCUCAGUGACCCUCAUCUCCUGUCAGCAGCCAGGGGCCCCCAGGCUGGAGGGCAGCCAUUGUGUAGAGCCAGAGGGGAACCACUUUGGGAACCCCCAACCCUCCAUGGAUGGAGAACUACUGCUGAGGGCAGAGGGAUCUACGCCAGCAGGUGGAGGCUCGUCAGGGGGUGGCGGCUUUCGGCCCUCUGGCUUGGCCUUUGCUUCACACGUGUAAAUAUCCCUCCCCAUUCUUCUCUUCCCCUCUCUUCCCUUUCCUCUCUCCCCCUCGGUGAAUGAUGGCUGCUUCUAAAACAAAUACAACCAAAACUCAGCAGUGUGAUCCAUAGCAGAUGGCCCAGUCCCUGGCUCCACUGAUCACCUCUCUCCUGUGACCAUCACCAACGGGUGCCUCUUGGCCUGGCUUUCCCUUGGCCUUCCUCAGCUUCACCUUGAUACUGGGCCUCUUCCUUGUCAUGUCUGAAGCUGUGGACCAGAGACCUGGACAUUUGUCUGCUUAAGGGAAAUGAGGGAAGUAAAGACAGUGAAGGGGUGGAGGGUUGAUCAGGGCACAGUGGACAGGGAGACCUCACAGAGAAAGGCCUGGAAAGUGAUUUCCCAUGUGACUCAUGGAUAGGAUACAAAAUGUGUUCCGUGUACCAUUAAUCUUGACAUAUGCCAUGCAUAAAGACUUCCUAUUAAAAUAAGCUUUGGAAGAGAUUACACAUGAUGUCUUUUUCUUAGAGAUUCACAGUGCAUGUUAGUGUAAUAAAGAGAUAAGUC